GAGGAAAAAAGAUGAAUGCCCUCGCAGUUGCCUACGCCAGCGUGGGGUCCGUUUUGUCGUCCUAUCCAUAACGAUUUAACGAAUCGCGCGAUUCCAGAGCUGUCACCACACCACCGCCAUCGCCAGCCCCAUCCACCCGUUAAUGGUAAUUAAUGUGGCUCCAGACCGCACGGCCCAGUCGCAUCGCCACCCACCCACGGGAUCGAUUCCGGUUCAGUCCUCGCGUUUGAAAAGGACCGCCGACCGCCCCUGUUUAGUCGAUCAUCCGUCGCCUCCUCUGUCAGUUGCGUGUUGAUUAUUAAUCGGUGAACCAGAAAGAGAUCGGCUGAGCUUUGGAGGUCGAGUCGAGAUGGGAAGAAAGGCUUCGUCUAAAGCUGCUCCGGGUUGCAUGGGCGGGGUGCUUCACUACUUGCACUUCCACCACUUGCUCUUCGCCGGCGACGCCUCCUGCUGCACGGCGCCCUUCGCAUCUCCUCCUCCUUCCUCUCUUCCGCUGCGUCAACCCAAAGGAUUGGAGGCUCCUAGGAACAGCUUGGAGCUGGAUGAGAAGAAAUCGGACGAGUUUAAAGAGAUUCCGGUUGGAAUUGAGAUUGUUGCGUCGAAGGAUGAGGAGAAGAAGAGGACAUCGUCGCGAGGUGAGGCUGCGCCGAGGACUCCUGGCCUGGUGGCCCGGCUAAUGGGGCUGGAGACUUCUCCGCCGGAGAAGCCGCUGGCGCGCAAGUGCCCGUGGGAGAGUGAGAACAAGGGUAUUAAAGCUGCCGUCGUUGGCGGUCAUAACAGGGGAAGACCUCGGCGGCCGCCUCUCCAGACCUUGAGCUGCAACGUCGACCUCGGCACCCGCUCCCUGCCGGAGUCGCCGCGCGCAUCGACGUCGGCGAGAGCCGUCGACGCCGACCGAAGACUUUCUUUGCAGAUCAACAGGCUCUGCCAAGCCACAUACUUUGACCACUCGAAGUCGCCCAAAAACAAAGGUCACAACUUGGGGAAGCUAUAUCGAGACGAGAACAAGAGCCCGAGAAACCACCACCAUUCUCGCGAAAUGGUGAAGCGAGUAGUGAAGGAGAUCAAGCUCAACGAAACAAAAGCCAGUGCGUCGCUUACCGAGAAAAAACCAACUCCGGCCGCCGGGGAACACCACCCCAAGAUUGAGCCAAGCAAGCCAAAAGUUGCAGUGAAUGUGGUCCUGAACAAGUGCAACAAAGCCGAUUCCGAGCGAUUCACGGGGCGGAUCAAGAAGCAGCAUUCCAAAUCUGGAUCGCUUUCCACUCUGGCGGACCUGUUCCAGUCUUCUAAUCUCCCUGAUACCAACGAUUCCAAGGCCCAGCCAUUACCUUCCUCUGCUGUUCCGACAUCAAAUAACAGAUCACGUCCACCAGCCGGCGAAAAGUGUUGCCGGAGCUGCGAGUUGAAGGAUAAGAAUCCGAGUUUCAGAUACGAAAAGUCUAUUUUUGAUCACGCAAUGAAUUCGGCAGGCGAGAAAUGGAGAUGCUACUCCGGUUCCAGCCCGGUGGAUCCGCUCAUCUUCCACCGGCUCGAACUCGAGUUCCCCUACCUCCUCCGCCACCGGCGCCCGUUCGCCGCCGAAGAGGAGGACCAGAGCCGGCGCCUCCUCGGGCCGUUACGCCAUCGCUGGAACAGGAAACCCCACUUCCACCUCGUGCAGGAGAUCCUCGCCGGCGACGCGUCGGCCAGCGAGGGCGAAGUGCUGGAUGGGACCGAAGCGCGGGAGGUGGCGUGGGAGGUGGGACUGGAGAUCCUCGACGGGCUCCUCGCCGAGACGGCCGGCGAGCUCGGCGAGGCUAGUUACGGAAUCUGCAUCGGCGAGCAGACCCACGUCACCUCACGUGCUCCGGUACCAGCGGCGCAGCGAGGAGGGGGCCGUGGGGGGCCCACGGUGUUGUAGGAGAAGUAGACACGAACUGGAGUCGUCAUCAUCUUUAAAGUCUCCGUCUCUGGGCGCAUCCCCCGGAGCAGAGCAGGAGGCUUGGCGUUUGUAGUUUCUUGCUUUCCGCGCGGGAUUCUUCUAUCGAGAAGAUCGUGAACGGAGCAAGCUUUUGUCGGUAAUUCUUUUUGCAAUCGACGAGGCCUGAGCCUGAGCAGGGAGGGAGGGGGAGGAGAACAGGAGGAAUGUAUACGUACAGUGGAAAUUGUUGUACUGGCUCCCGUAAAUUUGAAGAAGUUUGUGGUGUCUUU